AUGGAGGUGGACUGUAAGAAGGGCCAGCGGGCUGUACUCAACCCAGGAGAGGAGAAUGAACUGGAGGCGUUUGGGUACCGAAGUCACACUGUACGGAGUGCCCUCUGCUUUAUAGCAUCGGUGCUGACCUGCGGGGUCCUUUUGCUGGUGUUCUACUGGCGGCCACAGUGGAGGGUGUGGGCCACUUGUGUCCCAUGCCCUUUGCAGGAAGCAGACACUGUUUUGCUGAGGACAAUGCUGCGAUGCAUCCAAGUGCAGAAAAUCAGAUAUGUUUGGGACAACUUGGAGAAACAGUUUCAAAAAGUUGGGUUGCUGGAAGACAGCAACUCCUGCUAUGACAUCCAUCAUACGUAUGGGUUGGGUUUGACCAGUGAAGAGCAAGAGGUCAGAAGACUAGUUUGUGGACCCAAUGCCAUUGAGGUGGAAAUCCAGCCCAUAUGGAAGCUGCUUGUGAAACAGGUUUUAAAUCCAUUCUAUGUGUUCCAAGCCUUUACCCUAAUUUUGUGGCUGUCUCAAGGUUACCUAGAAUACUCAGUGGCCAUCAUCAUCUUGUCUGUUAUCUCCAUUGUCUUAAGUGUGUACGAUUUGAGACAGCAAUCAGUUAACCUGCACAAUCUUGUGGAGGAGCACAACAAAGUCCGGGUUACAAUCAACAUAAAAGAUAAAGAAUUGGAAGAGGAAGAAUCUAAGAUGAUAAUUGUGCUAGGAGAAAGUAUACCUGUUACAAAGACGCCAUUGCCCCAAUCGGAGAACACCAUGCCCUGGAAAUCCCACAGUCUGGAGGAUUAUCGGAGACACGUUCUUUUUUGUGGAACAGAAGUUAUCCAGGUCAAGCCCUCUGGUCAGGGACCUGUAAGAGCAGUUGUUUUGCAAAUAGGUUACAAUACAGCCAAAGGUGACUUGGUGAGAUCCAUCCUCUACCCCCAGCCUCUGAACUUCAAGCUAUACAGUGAUGCUUUUAAGUUCAUUGUGUUCCUGGCCUGCCUUGGCAUCCUGGGUUUUUUCUAUGCCCUUGGGGUAUAUAUGUACCAUGGAGUCCCUGCAAGAGAUACCAUGACGAUGGCCUUGUUGCUCCUCACCGUGACUGUCCCGCCUGUACUGCCAGCGGCCCUCACCGCGGGCAUCGUGUACGCCCAGAAGAGGCUGCAGAGGAAGGGCAUCUUCUGUAUGUCCCCACAGAGAAUCAACAUGUGUGGGCAAAUAAACCUCGUGUGCUUUGACAAAACUGGUACUCUUACAGAAGACGGUCUGGACCUCUGGGGGACAGUCCCUACUGCUGACAACUGUUUCCAGGAAGUCCACAGCUUUGCCUCGGGCAAGGCUUUGCCGUGGGGUCCACUGUGUGCGGCCAUGGCCAGCUGCCACUCUCUGAUCCUUCUCGAUGGGACGGUCCAGGGAGACCCACUGGACCUCAAAAUGUUUGAGGGCACUGCCUGGAAAAUGGAAGAUUGCAGUGUGCAGUACUGUGUAGUUGGGACGUCAGACUCAAACGUCAUAUUAAAACCAGGGCCAAGAGCCAGUGAGAGUCCCGUGGAAGCCAUCACUGUCCUGCGUCAGUUCCCCUUUUCCUCGGGCCUGCAGAGGAUGUCCGUGGUCGCUCAGCUGGCCGGGGGGGAUCGCUUCCAUGUCUACAUGAAGGGGGCUCCAGAGACGGUGGCCAGGUUCUGCAGGCUGGAAACAGUGCCCAAAAAUUUCUCACAAGAGCUGAGGACUUACACAAUGCAAGGCUUCCGUGUCAUUGCCCUCGCCCAUAAAGCCUUGAAGAUGGGUGCACUUUCAGAAGUGCUGAGUUUAGCCAGGGAGAUCCUCAUUUAUAUACAGUUAGCCCAUCUGUGUGACAACCUUCAAACCGCCAUUACUGUUGCAAAGAAUUCCGGGAUGGUUCCUCAAGGGAGCCGAGUGAUCCUUGUCGAAGCCAAGGAACCAGAAGAGUUUGCUCCGGCCUCUGUGACCUGGCAGCUGGUGGAAAACCAGGCGAAUGGAGGGGUAAGAGUAGAAGGCCGAGCUGCUCUGGUUUCAUCCUUCGGAGUAUUUAAGUACUUGACCAUGUACGGUAUAAUCCAGUUUAUUGGUACAUCACUGCUCUAUUGGCAACUACAGCUCUUUGGAAAUUACCAAUAUCUCAUGCAAGAUGUAGCCAUUACGUUGAUGGUCUGCUUAACAAUGAGUUCAACGCAAGCCUACCCUAAGCUGGCUCCUUACAGACCAGCAGGACAACUCCUGUCUCCCCCUUUGCUGCUCUCGGUUAUUUUGAAUUCCUGUUUCACCUGCAUCGUGCAGAUCUGUGCGUUUCUCUUUGUGAAGCAGCAGCCCUGGUAUUUUGAGGUCUACAGAUGCAGUGAGUGCUUUCUGGCCAACCAAAUGGAUUUCUCAAUGAAUGUGAGUCUGGGAAGAAACUGGACUGGAAAUGCAACUCUGACUCCUGGUUCAAUUUUAAGUUUUGAGAGCACCACGCUGUGGCCCAUCACCACCAUCAACUGUAUAACCGUAGCAUUUAUCUUUUCUAAGGGAAAGCCAUUUCGAAAACCCAUCUACACAAACUACAUCUUCUCAUUUCUGCUGCUAUCUGCCCUGAGCCUCACGAUUUUCAUUUUGUUUUCUGAUUUUCAAGACAUAUACCGUGGAAUGGAGUUCAUCCCAACUAUCACAUCAUGGAGGGUUUUGAUUUUGGUGGCAGCCCUCAUUCAAUUCUGUGUGGCCUUCUUUGUAGAGGAUGCUAUCCUUCAAAAUCGAGAGCUCUGGCUGUUGAUCAAGAAAGAAUUUGGAUUCUACUCUAAAAGUCAGUAUAGGAAUUGGCAAAAAAAGUUGGCAGAAGACUCAACCUGGCCUCCCACAAACAGGACAGACUAUUCCGACGAUGGCAAAAAUGGAGUCUACGUCAACCUUGGCUAUGAAAGCCCUCAACAGAUUCCAAAAGAAAAAGGUGAACUGAGAGGCCAGACCACAGAAGAGCCUUUCUUCACCAGACUGUAACCAGAACUGUCAUACAUGCUUAACAACAUCACCUUCCUUCUGAGAAACUAAACCGUAGCGGAGAUGACAGUCUACCCUUAUCUUUUUCUCUCU